CCUGCGUGUGCGGGGCGCGCGCGGGCGAGAGGUGCGGUAUUGGGCGCGAGUGGGGAUCCAGCGGUGGCAGCCUGCCUUUUUUUAUCUGUGGAGCUGCAGCCGCAGAAGCGGGAAGGGGGAGCUCGCGCCGGAUUUCUAUUACGCUUUGAACCCGCGUUGGGACUGGACAUGCCUUGGCACGGCGGACCGAGGAGGAGGAGGAGGAGGGCAUAGCGCGGGAAGGCAUGCCCCAAACGUUGAGCUCUGCCAGCAUGUUUACUCCCUGUGGCUUCAGCCCUCAUCAUCUCCAUCCAUCCAAAGACGACGAUGAAGGUGGGCUGAUCUUUCAAGACGGAAACCUUACCUCGGCAUCUCUGGAUGCCUUAAUUCAACAUCUUAUACCUACAGCAGACUACUACCCUGAGAAGGCUUAUAUCUUUACAUUCCUACUGAGCUCCAGACUCUUCAUUGAGCCUCAUGAACUUCUGUCUCGAGUUUGUCACAAGUGCAUUGAACAGCAACAACUAGAUGAUCCAGUGCUGGAUAAGGCACGGAUCAGGAAAUUUGGGCCCAAAAUUCUGCAGCUGUUGACAGAAUGGACAGAAACAUUUCCAUAUGAUUUUCAGGAAGAAAAAAUGAUUGGGUGCUUGAAAGAUAUUAUCCACCGGAUAGCUCCAUGUGAUGAGGCUUAUUGGAAAAAGAUGAAUCAACUUCUGCAAACCCUGAAUCAAAAACUUGCCACUCUUAAUCAUGGGCAGGAAGGGAUGGUCAAGAUCAAUGCAGCUGUCUCAGAUAAGGUGGUGGCUUUUAAAAGUAAGCCUCCAUCCAUUCAAAGAGAAAUGUUGAGUGUGUGCAGUGAUCCUUACACCUUGGCUCAACAGCUAACACAUGUGGAACUGGAGAGACUGAGCCACAUUGGUCCCGAAGAAUUUGUUCAAGCAUUUGUCCAUAAAGAUCCUUUGGAAAGCACAAAGUCCUUUGUUUUCCAGCCUUGUUUCAGUGAACAGAAGAAGACUAGUAACCUUGAAGCCUAUGUAAAAUGGUUCAAUAGGCUUUGCUAUCUUGUAGCAACAGAAAUUUGUAUGCCUGCCAAAAAGAAGCAGAGGGCACAAGUCAUUGAGUUCUUCAUUGAUGUUGCUCGCGAGUGUUUUAACAUAGGAAAUUUUAAUUCACUGAUGGCAAUCAUAUCUGGUAUGAACAUGAGCCCAGUAUCCAGGUUAAAGAAGACCUGGUCAAAAGUGAAAACAGCCAAAUUUUUUAUUCUUGAGCAUCAAAUGGAUCCUACUGGUAAUUUUUACAACUACAGAACUGCUCUGCGGGGAGCUGCUCAUCGGUCCCUAACAGCACACAGCAACAGAGAAAAGAUUGUGAUUCCAUUCUUCAGCCUGCUGAUCAAAGACAUUUAUUUUCUGAAUGAGGGAUGUGCUAACCGCCUUCCAAAUGGGCAUGUUAAUUUUGAAAAAUUCCUUGAACUGGCAAAGCAAGUAGGAGAAUUUAUAACAUGGAAACAAGUGGAAUGCCCAUUUGAACGAGAUGAUAACAUCAUCCAUUAUUUACAUACUGCACCCAUCUUCACUGAAGACGGCUUGUAUCUGGCAUCCUAUGAAAGUGAAAGUCCAGAAAACCAAACUGAAAAAGAGAGGUGGAAAACUUUGAGGUCAACUAUCUUAGGAAAGACUUGAAGAUGGAGAUCUAUAUUUGCAAUUGGAUGAAAUAAAUUGGCAAAACUACUUUGCACUAUUGAUUCCAAAGAUGCCUCUUGGGGAUUUAGGAGAUUUUAUUCUUUAUUUUUGUGUGCAUUUUGGACUCUUCAGUGUGGGUAACUGGAUUUAUCCACUGGACUCCAGAAAGGUGUCUUUUUACGGCACACACAGCAGUGUUUUCUAGCUAUUCUUUACAGCAAAAGCUUGUUUGUGGCUGUAACAGAAUCAAGUCCUUAUUGCUGAAAAACCUUAUUUCUCUAAAGGAAGAGCAAAAGGCACGAAGAGCCACGGUGCUGCAAACACAAAACAGACUCCACUGGAAAAGGUACAGGGUGAUCUCAAAAGCAGGGUGUAUGGGACAGUAACAAUGAGAGCUGACAAAAGUAAGUUCUGCCAAACACAGCAAAUCUGGUUAAAUGUCACACCAGAAAGAACUUUGUUUUCCUAUCACAGUCUUCAAUGAACAAUAUUGUGACAACAGAGAUAAAGACCAACACAGAAUCAAAUCAGUAUGGAAACACAAAGCAAAACACAAUCCUUUAAAAAAAUCAAAACAGAUGAAUUUCAGUUGAAAAUAUUCCUUAUUUUUCCUUCUGUUUGAGGAUGGGUCCUGAUUUUUCUCCCUAGUAGCUUAUCAUAUAGUCAACUCCUAAGCUGUUCUAGGGAAGUGAAUGGCUUUCAGUCUGACUUACCUCUAUAUAAAGCAUGUAGCAUAUUCUCUAGUUCCAUUCACAGAUGGUUGUGAUAAUCAUCUUCUUGGGGCCUUACUUUAUUGUAAUAGAAGGCAGACCUGUUAAGGGCUCUAAAAAUUAACUUCUCCUCCUUUAUUCAUUUUUUUCUUCACGACUGAAGCAGAGAAUAUUUGAGAAGAGCAAUUCUUUGAUAGUUGGGCUUUUAUUGCCACUGCAUUCAGGAGGACUAUUCUCACUCUAUAAAGUGUUGCACUAUGGUAAAAGAAUUGUCAACAAGAUGAAUGUCUUAUUUCAAAAUUCUUCUGCUUGUGGUCACUGCUUUCCUUUCCUGGGAACAGUAAACCUUCUAUUAUGUCUGUUGUGGUGUUUGAUGCAGAUCAGGGACUUGCUACAUAAUACAGAUAUUAAGUAAUAAUUGCUUAUUUAUUAUACUUUCAUGUGAAACAGGUGUAAAAUUAAGUUUUUUAAAUAUAUAUUCUAAGCAGGAUUAAUAGAUUGAAAGCCAAAUCCAUAGCUCAUUUGGCUCACCCAUACAGAAGAACUGUGAAAAGGUGUACAAACUUUGUUUCUCCUAAUUAAGGCGUUGUAUUACAAUAGAGGUUUCAAAAUGACAUGUUUCUACCACAAUGUGCAAAAAGAUAUGUGACGCUCAUACCUAUGUACAUAUAGACAAUUGGUUUCAAGAAAAUUCUGUGAUUCUUCCAUUUUCAAAAAAGGGGUGUGUUGAAAGAAAAACAGAACUUUAAUCGUAUGAACCGUGUGUGCCACAAGUGACUUCUUGUGUGCAAAAAAUUGACAAAACAAAGCAAAAAAUACAAAACAAAGCAAAAAAAACUCCAAACAAACCAUUUUCUAUUAUAAGAUUGUACCACAGUGAUCAAGAUUUGAACUGGUACUUCACUGAAUAGUAAAUCAGUUGUUAGACACUAGGAAAUAUUCGUGAUUUAAGUCAACCAUUGACUUCUACUUUUGAGUGUAUACAGGGGGUGCUUAGAUGGUGACUAUGGUGCUUUCUUUAAAUGAGGCCAUCUUAGCCUCUGGGACGCAACUAAGCAAUUGUAUCUACGAGGAUUUGAAGUUUCGUUGCUUGGAAUGCUAUGUUGAUACUAUUAUUUAUGCUCUUUCCAUUCUAUAAUGGCACCGUGGCAGCUAGUGAAGGUGUAAAAACACUUCAUGCCUGAUUUACAAAUAAAUUUACAAUAGUGAAA